CGGGAUUGGAGGCACUGCCAGAAGGAGGUGGCGGAUUUGAAAGCCUGCUAUGCUGCCGCGACACAAGGACGACAUGCAUCUCCGCUUUCCUCCUCGUCUGGGCCGCCAUCAUCACCUUCUUCCUCCCUAUCACCCUCCUCUUCCUGAGAACGACACGUGGCCUAAGCGUCGGCACAGGCCGUCGUGCGGGAGAGAAGGGAGAGAAGGGAGAGAAGGGAGAGAGAGACGAGGAACGAGAAGAAGAAGGGCAUACUCCCUCCACGAGCUUCGCUACUAUAUCAGGUCGCAAUGUGCGAUACGAGGUAGGUUACAGCGCAGACAGUUAUUCCUUGCUUGUGUAUGCGUGCUGCCGGCGUUUAAACCCUAAACCCAUCUUUCACCAGGAUUAUCCUGACUGAAUGGUGACUGGGAAUGCGGUCCGAUUCCUGUUGGAUAAUGCUGGUCUGAGAUCGGCCUAAGGAAGCGCGGAACAAGCGGACGACACCAGCGAGACGUUGGCAGCAACACCCUGCGGCAUCACGAUCACCAUCAAUCAUCACCAUCAAUCAUCAUCAUCAUCAUCAUCGUCAUCGUCAUCAUCAUCUUCAUCAUCAGCAGUAGUUUUGACAACGCUGGAGAAGAUGAGCUUCAAGUAUCCACACUCGACAUCGAGGAAGACGUGGAAAAGGGGGUUGCCACCGAAUUGAAAGGCGUGUUGAUCUUGAUCAGCGCAGUAAGCAUUUGGCCGAUCGAGAUUCAUAGAGCCAUAUAUGUCUUAGGACUGUAGAAGAAUGGAGGCGACUGACGAACCGUUGUCGUCGCAUUGCGAUCCCGAUGGUGGUCAUGUGGAUGGUGCUGCUAGGAGACCUACCGGGGUGUUGCAAGACGAAUACGACAUUGUCGAUAUCGAAGCAGGGGAGGCGCAUACCAUGGUUCUCACAGCCAGUGGGCAUGUAUUUGCAUGGGGAAGGGGAAUGUUCGGUCGGUUGGGGUUGGGUGCAGAUGCUGACAAAAGCAUCCCGACAGCUGUACAGCUGAUCGCAAGCAGCAGGGAUGACAUGGAUCUUGCAGUAACUGGCACGGAUUCUCAUGAAGAGGUUGGGCAAUUAUCGACGACGCGCAUCCGCGACACAUCCACUGCAGAAAGUUUAACUCAGCAGAAGGUCCUUGGGAUUGCUGCGGGAGCCUACCACAGCUUAGCUCUCACAGAGGAUGGGAGUGUUUGGUCGUGGGGUUAUAAUGCAUAUUGUCAGCUAGGGGGUGAUGGAAAGCAUAAUUCAGAACCGACAAGGGUUCUAUUUGAUGAUCACCGUGGGAGUACGCAGCAGCAGGAUGUACAGGUCGCCAGGGAAACUGCAUAUAGCAUUGCUGAGAAGGAGUUGGAGGGAGACCGUCUUUCUGGGGAAGAAGACCGUGCAGGAGCAACGAGUCUGGAGAAGCAGGAAGAGGCACAGGUCACGCUUGAUGAUAACCAGCUUGUUGUGAAGGCUUGCUCUUCGUCAACGGCGGUGGAACUGAGCGGUUCCAGCCAUGCUGAUCACUGCUGUCACGACUUUGGUACGGACUUGGGGGAAGAAGUGGAAACCGCGUUUCGAGGGAGUAGAGCUGGAUGCAGUGGUCAAAGUGACAAUGCUCAGAGUUCUUUGAGUGAGGAGCGAGUGAAUCGGGAAAAGGAUCGUAUUCAGAAGAUCGUAUCAGAACAUAGCGCACCGGACUCGAGCACCCAAGUCGGUGACCAGUCGUCCGCGUUGUGCGGUGACAAUCGCGAGAUUGGGGGUGGUCCACUAAGCAGCGGAAGUGGUGAAACGAGCAGUCCAGCUGCCGCAUCCCUGGGAAAGACAAAAAAGAGCGCUGUCAACAUCAAAACAAUCGCUGCAGGCGGGUUUAUGUCCUGCGCUGUGGACGAGUGCGGUGCACUCUGGGUCUGGGGGAACAGCCCAAGCAGCAAUGGUCAGGCAGCAGCAAACGCAAACCUGUCCGAAAGUGGGGAUUUGGGAGAGGGGCGAAAAGGGUUAACGUGCAUGAUGGUCAGAGAGAGACCAACUAGACUCAGUUUCUUCUCCGAACGGGUGGUGGUUAUGGUUGCUUGUGGGCAGGAGCAUGUCUUGAUGCUAGUGAAUCAUUCUGUUUCCGUCUCAGAGAGGCAAAGCCCAUCUAGAGAGGCAGAUGCGCUUGGCGUCAGCUCCUCGAGAGCUGUAAAGCAUGACACAGGGCAAUGUUUUGAAGGUUGUUCGCUUUACGCGUGGGGUGGAAACCAGCAUGGACAGCUUGGAGUCGGGGAUACGGAAAGUAGAUCCUUUCCUGUUAUGGUAAGCAAGCUGGCAGACAAAAGUGCAGGCACAGUCCGAACGUUUGCAUGUGGCGGAAACCACAGUGUUGUUGUCACGGGUGGGGCUGUACGCGGGGCGACUGUGCCAUCGAACUCUUGCUCUCGUGAAUUUGCGGAAGGAAGUCGUGUCAGGCAUUCCUCUGCAGCUAUGAAUGUAUCUGACGAUUGCAGCCAAGGAGAUUCCUUGGAGAUGGGCGAGGACAGAGUCGGUCCAGUGGAACCAGUGGGUGACAUAUGCUGGUCAUUCGGCCUUGGGGAGAAUGGGCAAUUAGGCCAUGGAACCACGGUGAGCAGUCCAUGGCCCACUCCUGUCCGCGGGCUGUCCCAAGUGGAAGGCAGGAUCACGGCCGUCGGGUGCGGCUUGUUCCACACGUGCGUCGUCGUGCAGGAAAGAGACGUGUGGGUAUGGGGUAUGGAGGCAGGCAUGGGUCUUUGUCCCGGCACAGGAGCUGGGGACUUUCUUGAACCUGUGCAGAUUCCGAAUGGGUUGUUUCACUUUGACGAGGUCGUGAAGGGGCGGAUAACAAGCGCUGCCUGCGGUGCUGCGCAUACAGUCGUCGUAAAGCAACAGCGAGCAUGGAAGUCGGCCGGGGAUGAGCUUUGGGCGUGGGGAAGGGGUCUGAAUGGGGUGCUUGGCAAUGGAGCGGAUGAUGAUUAUUACCGCCCUUGCCCUGUGGCCUGGCCACCACCGUCCCUUGCACCAGAGCCAGGUGAAACCCCAGGAUCAUUUGUCGGCGGCGUUGAGAAGGAAGCACAGAAGCCAGGGAUGACGGGAGCGGGACCGCAUGGGGACCCUGCUGCAAAAGAGCUGGUAAGCGAGAACGCACUGCUCAAAGCCAAGGUGACUGAACUGCGUAAAGAGCUUGCGGCUCUCUCUGUCGGAGUGUAUGGGGAAACAUCUGGAGACUCUUCUGUCUGGCUGUCGGAUUGGUUGCAAAGAGUCCGAUCCGUAUCGGAUAAAGAGCUCGACAGAUUGGUGGAUUUCUAUGGGGAAAUGCUGCGGCAUGCAGAAGAGGAAAGACUCCACCGGCGUGUAAAGAGAUGGAUGCAGGAGUUUAUGGCCACCGCAGAACGUCCCAGCUCAUCAUUGACGCAGUCACUUGCAAUGGGGUCGCCAGACAACAGAGGUAGGUACAGCGUCCCACCGACAAAUCGUCUCAAUUCGUGGCAAGGCAACAUUAUGGGCCUAAUUCAGGACGGAGGGGAAAAUGAAAGCAGGGAAUCCAUGGACUCACGAGGCGACUUCGCAGGAGCAUCAACUGUGCCACGACAAGGUGGUGUUGCAGUGGGUGAGGCAUUUCACCAAGCAAGAGAGUCAGCAUUCCCUGGUGUCCCACCCACUGCCACUGAUACUAUCAGAUGCAUGACUGAACCCAUGGGAGGCAUGACGAUUGAAAGAGGUAUAAACUCAGGGGCAAGAACCGAAGUGAGCGGAUACGUUUCCCUCCUUUCGGCUGAUGAGAAGGAAUCUCUUUCUUGGAAGAUGCAAAAACUCCAGAGGUUUUGACAUCCACCCUCCAUGCAUGCUUACCACCGAGACCCUCGAGAGUGUAGCUCUUAGAAGACGGGCUUGGGCGAUGAAACUCCCUCCAGAGGUUUUGAUAUGCCCACCAUGCGUACGCACUCAUUGUUGACACUCCUCAAAUCGUUAACUUCCAGAAGAGGGGCUUAGAGGAUGAGCGGUAACUGUGAAGCAGCAUCCGCAGGGGGAGAGAGAUGGCCCGUGGCCGAUGUAUGAGCCACGUGUUGGUGGCUUAAACCACCGGUACCUUUCAGGCUUUACCCGCUUGAAAUCUAUGACGCACGUGGCAACCAAGCAGGGGAGGGCCGCCGUUGAUAAAUCGAAUCGGCGGCCUGCUUUUCGUUUUGGGGCCUCCGGCACUGCCCGCGGGCGACAAAUCGGAAAGGUACUGGUCGUUUAAGCCCCCACCUUACACCAAACUCUCCAAUGGAAAAUUCUUCAUGGGGCCUUUGAACGCCAGAUUGGAUUGUGUAUUAAACCCCCUACACCUUUCCCAGGCAAAAAAACAAAGCCCGCCGGUAAAC